GACUUGCUGUGAAGCAUCCACUAUAGUCCGUCUAAUACUCUCUCUACAUCUCUGUCUGACGGUCAUUCGUCCUCCAAUAUCGAUCCGAAGACGCCUUACUGCUUUUCUGAGCUGAGCUUGAGUCUCUGGGAGACAACACCAAAGGUUUUGCGGUCGUGCAGAUAAGAUCCACCUGGUGUGGCAUACAAAAAUCUCUCUCCCCACCCCAAUCUACCUUGGCAGGAACGCAUCCCAGACCUCUUCAACAUGCUCAUGUCCUUGAGGGCCAACAUUUACACGGCGCUGAUCGUUCCUGCGGUCUUGAUCGUCCUACUCCUGGUGUGGCACAAUGACAGCUAUGAUCCAAAGACCUUGCUCAGUCUAGGCAAUCACCCUAGUGGGGGGGUACCCAACGUUCAUCUUUUUUUCCCAGUCGACAAGCGCAGUGCCGAGUCUGAAGAUGGAUCUGUAGUUUUUUGCAAGACGAUUCAAGGGGCGGUGGUGAAUGGCUGGACGCCCAUCUUAUUCAAUUGGGAAGUAGAAAGCGAGCAUCAGAUGCGGAAGGUUCAAGGCUUGCGUGAUCUUCUUGACUCCCCCGUCCACACUGCUGGAUUUGAAGAGGAUGACUUGAUCCUGAUGAUGGACGCAUUCGACGUCUUCAUCCAGCUUUCGCCAGAAGUCGCUGCGAGACGAUUCACCGAGUAUGGCGAUGUAGAUGUCAUGGCCGCAGCGGAGAAGAAUUGUUAUCCCAAUGACCCGAACGGGCACAUUUGCCAGGAUGCUCCUUGGUCACCGCUUCACAACGGUCCAAACGCGAAUCUGUACCGUCCGAACGACGAUCCCAAUAGGCCUUACGAUCAAGAGGAAACUCUGCCUCGCCAUGUCAAUUCUGGUACCGUCAUUGGGAAAUUGAGCAAGAUGAGGACCUUUUACAACGAACUCUGGGACUUCAUGCUCAGCGACACAUAUGAGGGUUGGGACGAUCAAGGUGCCUUCGGAAUUUUCUUGACGGAUCAACCUGUCAAAACCAGACUCUCUGUCGACUAUCACUCUCGACUCUUCUGGCCAGGAUUCCAGGACUUUCAAAAUAUUCGAUUCAUGGGUACCCAUUACCCACCUGAUCCCAGUACGGCUGCUUCUUACUCGGAUCCCGAAGCUUCGGAUUACAUUCCAUGGGAUCUCUAUCCAAUGCUGGCUCAUCACAGAAAGACUGGAGAAGUUCCCGUUGCCCUUCACUUCAAUGGACCCAUCAAGGAACUGAUCAACGAAUGGUGGGGUCAACUCUGGUGGUCAUCCCAACGUGACCGUUUCUUGCCGAUUAUACACCAGCGCAUGAGUCAGGGCAAGGUCCUGAUCGCCAUCCCCGAGGGAUACAGAGAGAUGCCCGUUCAGGAGCUGUGUCCACACAUGGACAUUUGGCAAUGGCAGUCAUCUCACCAGACGACGGACGGUCGAGGCUCGUCUGUCGCUCAGGACGAAUGAGGGCGAGUGUUUGGGAGUUGGAGGCGUACAUGUCGUGGGUAUAUCAUAGGAAAGACUCCACCGCCAGCGAAAUAGAAAUAUAGACCGCUACGCAAACCGGAGACGUUGUAUUUAGUAGUAGUAUCAAGGGCUCCCAAGAUUUUAAUCGCCGUCGCUUACCAAGCCCUCAGGCUGACAACUUGAGCGUCCACAGGUACAUGCAUUAUGGUAU